GAAAAAAGAGACUGGGGUGGUGGGAGAGGAAUGGGCUACCAAGCCAAAGGGAAGGGAAGUCCCCAACCAGACCCCUGCAAGUACCCGGUUCAGAUCAGAGACAGCGAUAGUGGGAAACCGGUCUCCAAGCUCGGCCCCCGCCCCUGUGCCGGGGCGCAGAUCCGCUCCCCGCUCCCAGCGCUCCUAGCCCCACCAUUUAUCAAAAGGACUUGACAACAAAAGAAGAGCUCUUCGGAAAAGUGGGGUGGGAGGAGGGGAAAUUCAAAGUCUCUCAAGUCCGAGGAAGGGGGUGUGUCCUCCGCUCACCCCCUUCUACUUCAGCGAGUUUCUGGAGGUGACCCUCGAAAUGGCUCCGGACGUCACGGAAGUUCAGAGUAUUCGCCCAGCGGCACUGGAGUGCGUACACUCUGUGCACCUAGAUCCAGGUACAAGGCGGCACGCACAGCGCCUCCCUCUUCUUUCCAAACAACCGGAGCGACGGCACAAAUAGAGGGGAACGCAGCAGUCCCGCUGCGCUUCCCUGGAAGAACCGGUUCUCACAGGCAGCCGCCCCUCCCUCUCGCUCUCCCGGCUCAGGUCAGUCCUGUCUGGACGAUCCACUUUAUUUGGUCGGGCCACUCCGGGUAAUUCCAGGCCUGGCUUCCAGAACUGUCGGGAUGGCGCGUGGAGGGUAGUGGAGAAGGACCAGGGAGAGGAAAGAGCGAGCCUGAGACCUGUUUGCCUAUGCACAUGGCCAGGCCUCUUCUCUGGAGUUUUUCAUCCCUCGUUACGAACCCGGGUCACAGAAUUAAGGAGGGUUACCCCGCCAGUAACUUCCAGGACUCGGGCUACUUUGGUGGCGUGGCUCUUUGGAAAGAAGUUCCUGAGUUGGGAGUAGGGACACUACUGAGGGCGGCAGCCGGACAUCCUCAAGUUACACGCCUGGGAGGGAUUAUCCCAGAGAGGCAAAAAUCCUCCCGUGUUAGGCGUCUUCUCCGCCGCUGUUCUUAGAUACCAAGCAGUCCCCGAACUCUGCUACCCAAAGCAGAUUUGGGGUGCUUUGAUUUACCAAAGCACCCCAAGGUGUCUGUCUCUCCAACACGGGGAGGGAAGGCGCACACUCCAGGCCGGUGCGUCCUGGGUGCACCUGCGCACUUAACUCUCACUAUUUCAUUUUCCUGACGGUGGGCGCCUCUUCCCCCUACACAGACACACAGACACACAGACACACACACACACACACACACACACACACCCCAGGAGGCUGCUCCUCUAUCACCCUCCUUUAGUUCCUUCUCGGUCUCUUCCUUCCUCUGCCUCACUCUCAGUCUCUCUUUUUCUCUUCAAGUCUCACCCGCCUUGUAAUCAGCAACAAAAGCUGACAUAAAUCACGGGCAGAUUGACAAGAGCUGACAAAUAACUGAUUGAUUGCGGUCGAGGCACAUUGACAAUUGAUGGAGGGGUGGGGAUGCCCAGAGAAACGGGGGGGUGGGGUGGGGGGAAGAGAGGGUAGCAAAGGAGAGCAAGAAUGGGGGGGGGGGCUGAGUGUGAAACAGGGGAAACAUGUGACCCCCGCUUCUGCCCCAAUCUGCGCGUCCUCGGGUGUCACGUGAUCAAGAAAGGCGGAGAGCCCAGCGCACGUCGCCUGGACGAGCAGCCACCCCCUCCGUUGCCCUUCUAGCUUCUGGUUUCUCUGCUGCGGAACUUCAGGAAAUCCAAGCGGACGGGCACACUUCCUCCGGCAUUGGCUUUCCUUUCCCGGGUGGCCGCGCCACGCGAGAUCUCAAUUACUGAAAUUGAAAAAAAAUUGGUGUGCGGAUACCCACGCAUCCCUGGAGUCGACCGUUCAGUUGGUAUCCACACUUCCGCCUGUGCUUCUUCUCAACACCCGCCCGAAGUCUGUUGAACAUACGCAGCCCCUUCCUCCAAAGGUUUCAGUUUGUUUUCCAGCUGGGAAAACGAAGAACGACGAGGACGAAAAAGAAGAAAGGCGGUAGAUGGCAAACGUAGAAUAAAUGUCCAUCUCGUCCGGGUAGCGAAAUCGAGGGAGGGGACAAGCCGAGGGGCGGCGAAGUGGGAGCUGCCCAUUAAAACCAGCACUGAGAAUCCUGGCGGCGGCGGCGACGGCGGCGCGGGACGCGUCACAUCCCCUUGACCCUCCAAUCACCUCAGGCUCCCAUUUGAUUGGAAGGCGGCAAAGGCUUUAAUCUCCCCCUUGUUGCAGCUGCUUUUGAAGUGAGUUUCCUCGCCAGAGCCCCGACUGGACAGGCAGCAGCUCACAUUGCGGAGCGCAGCGCCGGCUCGGGGACGGGAGAGCGUAGCGCAGGGCACAGCCCUAGGCAGACACCGCGCACUGCGGGGCACUCCCGCACUCCACCCGGCUCCUCCUGCCCCGCUACAGCUCCCUUGCGGGCCACUCAGGAUUAUUCUCUUCUGGCUCCAGGCUCCGAGAAGGCACGCGGGGCACCCGCGUCCGCCGAGCCAGCUCCUCAUCCAGCCGCUCCCGCACCCCGGGCGAGCGCGCAACCCCGAGCCCGCCCCGUGCGUCCCGGAGCCCUCCCCCCGCUGCUCCCAUGCGCGCGGGUGGGUCAUGAGCACAGCGCCCUCGCUUUCUGCCCUAAGAAGCAGUAAGCACAGCGGCGGAGGAGGCAGUAGUGGCAGUGCGGACCCUGCCUGGACCAGCGCGCUCUCUGGAAAUUGCUCCGGCCACGGCUCAGGCUCGUCCCCGGCCGGCAGCACCAAGCCUUUUGUGCACGCCGUGCCCCCUUCUGAUCCCCUGCGACAGGCUAACCGCCUGCCCAUCAAGGUGCUGAAGAUGCUGACGGCACGGACUGGCCACAUUUUGCACCCAGAGUAUCUGCAACCCCUGCCUUCCACACCCGUCAGCCCCAUCGAGCUGGACGCCAAGAAGAGCCCACUGGCGCUGCUGGCACAAACAUGUUCGCAGAUAGGAAAGCCCGACCCCUCGCCCUCUUCCAAACUCUCUUCGGUCGCCUCCAAUGGGGGCGGCACGGGUGGUGCAGGCGGCGGAACUGGGGGCGACAAGGACGCCAAGUCGGGCCCCCUGAAACUGAGCGACAUCGGCGUGGAAGACAAGUCGAGUUUCAAGCCUUACUCCAAGCCUGGCUCCGAUAAGAAGGAGCCUGGAGGCGGCGGCGGAGGUGGCGGUGGCGGCGGCGGCGGGGGUGUUUCUGCGGAGAAGUCGGGAUUCCGGGUACCGAGCGCCACCUGCCAGCCGUUUACGCCCAGGACAGGCAGUCCCAGCUCCAGCACCUCGGCCUGUUCGCCGGGAGGCAUGCUGCCCUCCGCCGGGGGCGGCCCAGAGGGCAAGGACGACAAGAAAGAUCCCGAAGCUGGCGGCGGUGGCAGCAGCAAGGGCGCCGGGGGCUCCUCGGCGGACGGGGUACCUGCGGGACUGGCACACGGGCGGAUUAGCUGCGGCGGCGGAAUUAACGUGGAUGUGAACCAGCACUCGGACGGGGGUCCAGGGGGCAAGGCUCUAGGCUCGGACUGCGGCGGCUCUUCCGGCUCCACCUCGGGUUCUGGCCCCAGCGCGCCCACCUCGUCGUCGGUGUUGGGCUCCGGGUUGGUAGCUCCCGUGUCUCCCUACAAACCGGGCCAGACAGUGUUCCCUCUACCCCCCGCGGGCAUGACCUACCCGGGCAGCCUGGCUGGGGCCUAUGCUGGCUACCCGCCCCAGUUCCUGCCCCACGGCGUGGCACUUGACCCCACCAAGCCUGGCAGCCUGGUAGGGGCUCAGCUGGCGGCGGCUGCGGCCGGCUCUCUUGGCUGCAGUAAGCCAGCCGGUUCCAGUCCCCUGGCCGGGGCGUCGCCGCCGUCCGUGAUGACAGCCAGUUUGUGCCGGGACCCAUACUGCCUCAGCUACCACUGCGCCAGCCACCUGGCCGGAGCUGCGGCCGCCAGCGCCUCAUGCGCGCACGAUCCGGCCGCUGCAGCCGCGGCGCUCAAAUCGGGAUACCCGCUGGUGUACCCCACGCACCCACUGCACGGUGUGCACUCCUCGCUGACCGCUGCUGCAGCUGCGGGCGCCACGCCACCCUCCCUGGCCGGCCACCCCCUCUACCCCUAUGGUUUCAUGCUCCCUAACGACCCGCUCCCCCACAUCUGCAACUGGGUGUCAGCUAAUGGGCCGUGCGACAAGCGCUUCGCCACGUCGGAAGAGCUGCUGAGCCACUUGCGGACCCAUACGGCCUUUCCUGGGACAGACAAACUGCUGUCUGGCUACCCCAGUUCUUCGUCUCUCGCCAGCGCCGCCGCAGCAGCCAUGGCUUGUCACAUGCAUAUCCCCACAUCGGGCGCACCAGGCAGCCCGGGGACCCUGGCGCUGCGCAGCCCCCACCAUGCACUGGGACUCAGCAGCCGCUACCACCCGUAUUCCAAGAGCCCGCUCCCCACGCCUGGUGCCCCAGUGCCGGUACCCGCUGCCACCGGACCCUACUACUCCCCCUACGCCCUCUACGGACAGAGACUGACCACUGCCUCCGCACUGGGGUAUCAGUGAGGGUGACCCUGGGGAAUCUGGAGGGAGAAAAAGGAGCUGGGGUGAGGGGAGGAGUCGAGGGAGGGGCAGGAGCCGGACGAGGUUCCUGACUCAGGCUGGAGCGGAAGACCCGGGCUAUGGAAGCGAAAAGAAAGCCUAAAUCUUACCUAUCCACCAACAACAGCCAGCGAAUGAGCCUGGAUGGGAAACCCUUCUCCUCCGCCCCUAGCUCCUCCACCCAAACUUUAUAAAAGUUGAAAAAAAUCGUUUGACUUUUUAUAGAAAAAGAAGGAAAAAUAAUUGAGAAAGUGUUCAUCUGAAGAUUUCGCCGGUGAACGUUGGUAUUUAUUUAUGUUAGCUCCAAGCGGACCCAUGGUUCAAAAGUGCAUUAUUUAGUUUGAGCUCCGUAGGUUAAAAGGAGGAGGGGGAAAAAAUUAAAACUCGAGGGUAAAUAUGUGGAAAACAAACCCUCCCAUCCCUUGUAGAGUAUAAAUAAAAACAAAACCGCUA